AUGUUUAAAAACCUUAAGAAUGCACUAGAAACCCCAGAAAAAUCUGACAAAAAUUUGGAACUGUUGCCACCACCACAACGCGAACAAGCAUUCCUUGAAAGCAAUUACAUACUUCCAACUCCACAGAACGUCCUUACCAAAUCUGACAUCAACAAUUUCACCACCUCAUUCCAAUCACUGAUCUACAAUUAUUUUGCAUCCAACUACGGCACGAAGGACCUAAAACAGUUAAAAUUACUUGGCCGCAAUGACCACAGUUUCGACAUGAAAAUCAGCACAUUAAGCAAACAAAUAAGAACAAAACUGUUAUCAAUGAAAAUUGCAAAAACUGAGAAACAUGUCGACAUAACAAAACAACUGAAAGUCAAAUUCUGGUCAACAUGCAAAAAAUUGUUCAACCCAUCAAACAGCUUAACCCCAUCAUUCAGCAUUGACGACUGCAAGAAAUAUUUUUACAACAUACUCCACGACCCAUUUCACAACAAGUUUCUCUUUCCGAACUGGGUUCCAACAUUGCAGCAACCAACAAUUCCAUGCAACAUCGAUCCCCCAACAUACCACAAAAAAGCAACAGUCAUUAGAAAAUGCAAACUUAGAGCAUUCCCUGUCCGCCUGAUCAAAUUUCAAUAA